GUAUUAGCGAUAAGAGCAUUCAAAAAUAUAUUUUGUGCCUAUAUUGUUUAGAUUUUUGAGAACAAAAGAAACCAAUUCCUUUUGUUCAGCUAUCAGUUAAAAUUAAGACGCAGUAUUUCACCAUGCAGAUUCCACGUGCACUAUUAACAUUCAAAUUCGUUAUCAAAAACGCUCUUUAGACUUUAAAUUCUUGUUUGAAAUCAAAUAAAUAGUUCCAUAACUGUCGGUGAGUUUGUGACUAUUAUUCGAACUUGUGAUACGUUUGGUACGACUUUGGCAUUCAAGUUUUCAUAAGUGUUAGAAAUUUAAUUUUUUUAGCAAAAUCAAUAAAGUGAAGAAUAUUAUAACGUAAGCAAUUCUAACAUCGUUAUAAUAACAAAGAAAUGGAAUCACAAUCGCAAGCAAGUGAACGUGAUGGAGCAGAAGGCAAUAAAACAAUCGUUGUAUUUGGAGUAAAUCCAAAAAUUAUGCAUAUACUUGUUAGUCUCCUCAGUAAUGAUGGGAAUUUAGAAGUCAUAAUUACGGAUGAUGAUUAUCCUAUCAUAGUGAAUCCAAAAGAUCCAUCAUGGAGACCCAACCCAAAGUAUAUUCUUUGUCAUGCAUACCAGCCAGAUCGUAUUGAAUCAUUUUUAGCAAGUCUUCACGGAUCAUUUCGAUUCGUAGUGGCAUUUGAUUAUGGCAGUCUCUUUCGCGAAAGUUUCGGGUUUAUGCUUCAUUAUUUAGAAAAUACCAUUCAAAUGAUGGGAGCGAGAGCAAGACAAACAAACAGAAGAAGAAAAAAAACAUUACAACAAACGGAUAUGACUUCCAUAAUAAAAGCAACGCGUUAUCAGUAUUUACCAGCAUUUCGCGGAACACAGAAAAAAAACUAUGGGAAUAAUGCAAUACCAAAUAAUCAUAAACUGUAAUAAAACCAAAAGUAGAAAUGAACAAACGAGUUAUAUGAUUGCAAAACACAAAUGAAUUAUUCGAGAAAUGCCACGCAAACAAAAAAUAAAGCGAACAAAAAAAAUCCAACUCACGCAGCCCCCAGAACAUUUUGAACAUUAGCAGCGAUUUUAAUAACGAGCCCGAAAAAACACACACCAUAUUAUCUUUGGCGUAUUAGUUGUGAUUCGUUUGCUUCCCCAUUUGAAGCAGGCGCGCGAUUGUUCGCUCCCAAAUAAAUAGCGAAACAUGUGCGUACAGUCGUUCCCUUGGCAUUCAUAAAUAAACGGGUUUGCUGUUGUUAAUUUUGAUUUAGAAUCACACCACGAAAUGGAGAAAACAACAAAGAAUUUCAUGAGAGAA